AUGGCCCUCUCUGAUCUAUUUCUUCUCAUAUGGAGCACCAUUCUCCUCCCCUCCUCCGCCGCCCCUUACAGCCCCCCUCACAACAAAACUGUCCAGCAGCUCCUCCACGAAGCCGACGCGGUAUUCGACACCACCACCCUAUCCUACUACAUCCCCCUCCCCCCAAGCCUCGACCCGUGGUACCGCCCGCCGCUCACCUACGACUGGACACAAACCGACCCGGGGCAAGUCCUCAAGAUCCGGCGCGCCCCCCUCCUCAACCUGACCGUCCGCAACGCCCUGCGCGCCUACCAACUCCUCUACCGCUCCACCGACAGCAACUACAACCCCGCCUGGGACGUCACGACUCUCCUCAUCCCGCGCCAACAAGCCCGCUGCCCCAUCCCCAGCCACCCUCCACCCCCGCCCUCCACCCGGCCCCCCUGGUGCGCGCACGCCCUCCUCUCCUACCAGCUCCCCUACGACACCUGCAACCCGGACGCCAGCCCCUCCUACGGGCUGCACGUGGGCGACCCCUACGGCGAGAUCGGCGACGCGCUGGCGCUGGGGUGGUUCGUAGCGGUCCCCGACUACGAGGGCCCGCGCGCGAGCUACGCGGCGGGCGUGCAGGCGGGGCAUGCCACGCUGGACGGGGUGCGCGCGGUGCUGCAGGUGGCGGGGGAGUUUGGGCUGCUGGUGGAGGUGGCGAGGGUGGGGUUGUGGGGGUACAGUGGUGGUGCGCUCGCGACGGAGUGGGCGGCUGAGUUGGCGGUGCAGUAUGCGCCGCGGUUGAGGGUUAGUGGGAUUGCGUUGGGCGGGCUGACGCCGAAUGUGACGAGCGUGACGGGGUACUUGAAUGGGAGGGAGGGGGCGGGGCUGAUUCCGCAGGGGUUGUUGGGUAUAUCGUCGCAGCAUCCCGAGGCGAGGAGGUGGAUUGUGGGGAGGCUGAAGCCGGCGGUGAGGGAGGUGUUUCUGAGUGUGAGGAGGAUGACGGCGGCGCAGGCGAUUAGGGUGUUUCGGUAUCAGGAUAUUUAUGGGUAUUUCGUGGGUGGGUAUGCGGACUUGCACACGCGGGUCAUGCAGAUGAUGUACAAUGUGGACGGGUACAUGGGGUACCAUGGGGUGCCGAGGAUGCCCGUGUUUGUGUACAAUGCCAUCCACGACGAGCUGAGUGAUAUCAGGGAUGUGGACGCGCUGGUGGACAGGUUCUGUGGCGUCGGGGCCAACAUCUUGUACCACCGGAACACGGUCGGCACUCAUACGCAGGAGCUCGUCAACGGGAGGCAGAGGGCGUUUGCGUGGUUACGGAGUGUGUUGGAUGGGAGCUACAGUGACCUCUACUCUACUAUGGGGUGUACCAUUUACAAUGUCACUUAUAACAUAGCGCCGUGGGUUGGAUGGGGGUAG